AUGUCGCCCCGGGGCCGGCCUGGACAGUCCCUCGCCUCCGAGCGGCGCGUCCCUGGGUGUGCGCGCUCCGGGCUCCUGGCACGAUCCGGCCGUGAAGACCGAGCGCGUCGGUCCGAGCACCAGCCGCGCUCGCGGAGCUUUCAGUGUCUCCCCGCCGCACGCGGUGUAGACCCUGGUUCUCCUGGAGAAGCGCUGAGCUCCGGUCUGCGGGGAGCGGAGGUGCCAGAGCGACGGACUGAGGCGCCUCGGACGGUCGCAUUUUCCAAGACAAGUGCCAUUAGGAUGGAGCACCCCGCGGGCGUCCCCGACAAGACCGGGGGACACGGGACGCGCACGGGGUCCAGGAGAGAGACCGGGAACGUCAGGGACACUCUGGUUCCCGAAUGGCUUCUUGCUCCCAGUGUUGCCGUCGUGGGGAGUGAGGACAGGGUUGUAGGGGAACUGUGCUCCAGGACAAACACAUGUAGCCGAAACCCUGAGUUUUUGAGCCGUUUACAACAUAAAAUCGUGUUGCAUCGAGUAACGGACUUUACUAAAGUACCACCUUCCCGGGAUGUCCCCGAGUCACGAGCAGCAGCUCCCCGGCUAGGUUCGGGCGGGGAGUGUGUUCCUGCAGCGCGCGGACCAGUGGAACCCACGAAGCCUUACGGGCAGGACCCCGCGUCCUGCCGCAAGUACCUCUGCCCCGACCCAGCGGACCCUCGGGCGGCUCCACGGGGUCCGCCGGCGAGGAGCGAGCCUCUCACUUCUCCGGGCUGACGCGUCCGUCUCCGGUGACAAGAGAACCCAGCUACCAAAUUGCCUUUUUUUUUUUUUUUUUAACACCCCAAAUCCUAAUUAGAAACUUGAGAUUUUAUAGAAAUUGUUUAAUAAGAUAGAAAUUACUAUAUGAAUUAAUGUGAAUCCAGUAUCUGUGCUUCCUGUGUCUCUGGUUAUUUUAAGUUAUAAUUAACUGUUCUUCCCUAUCAACAUUUAGAAGUUUCUAGAACUGUUAAAGCUAUUUACAAAAAGUGGUGGAAACUAAUUAACUGGCACUCUUAUUGUUUGCUAUACCUUAGACGAACUUUCUUUGAACCCAAUUAAAGUCUAUUUUAUGAGUAAUCUUAUUAGAAUCUCUUUAAUUUUAUAGUGCCCCAAAUGGGAUGAGCUGUUUGCCUGUUUUCAGUUCUAAACUUGGAAAGAAGCAAAGUAUAUGUGACUAAACUAUAUAUUCAUGUUUAUUGUUUUUUUCUUUGAUGUUUGAAAUCAGAUAUAAAUUUGUGGACAAAUAGGGAAGCAAUAUGUGAAUCACAGUGUAGCAGAGGCAGACCAAGCAUUGUGUUACUGCUUAAGAAUCGUAUUUUUAGAGCCCUGACUGCACCAAUUACUUGUCCUUGUGCCAAAGGCAAAUAUUAUGUUUGCACCUUCCCCCCCGCCCCCCCCUCCCCGAUUCUCAGGUUGAUUAAUACUGCUAAUGCAAAUGCUCAAGUCGAUAUUUUUCAAAACUUUACAAGGUAGACUCAAGUGAUACUUUUCUUUCAUUUAGUAAAUUCAUGAACUAUAUAUAGUAGGUUUGUAUCAAACAGAUUUUUUUUUUUUUUUAAUGAAAAUUUGUUGGUUGAUGUGUACACAGUAUGUUGACUAUUUUAGUCCUCGGCCUUGGUCUCUGCUAGACCUCAUGAGUUUCUUAAUUUAAAAGAGGUAGUAGAUGAAUUAAUGGUCUCCUUGGGAUGUAAACAUGAAAUACUUAGAUUGUGUCUGAUACCAAGGCCUUGCUUACACUUGCUUUUCAAUACACUGAACAAUUGUAAGUGAUUUAGACACUGAUGUAGACACUUCGGGCUUACAAAGUUGGAUGGAUUCUAAGGAAGCAGUUUUGACAUGGUUUAAAAUAUUCCCGUCCUUGUGUUUCUUGUAUCACAGCCCAGUGACUUUCCUCUCUUGAGAUUGUAGCUCAGAGGAACUAUUAGGAUUCAACAGGUGACCUAACUAGAUAGAAAUGGGGAGAUUCCUGUGUGCUGAUGUAAAGGCAUUUUCCAAGGACUAUAGGAUUUGGGUUGCUUUCCAUUUUUCAUUAUCUCCUCCCACUACUGUUAGGAUAUAGGCCACUCAAGCAAUGCCCAGGUGAUUCCCUUAUGCGAGUUGGCAGACUGGAGCUCCCAAGGCACGGCAAAGAGCCUAACCCAUACUUGGGACGCAGGUUUCAGUAAACGUUUGAUACUGUUAUGGGAUGGCCCAAUUCUCGUUUAAGGAAGGAAAGUUGAAAUUAUUUUUCCUGUUAUUAAUCAGGUGUUCUCUGUGCUUUUGUACGUAGUCCUAACAACCUGUAAUACUUGAACAUCACUAAGGGAAGUAAAUUAUGAAACUAGCAAAAAUCUGAGGCCAAAGUUAUUUCUGUCCUAACAGCUUUAAUAAUGCUUAUUGAUUUUGAAUAAUCGUUGUUUAAAAGUGGACCAUUCAGUUAACUUUUUAAAUGUCACUUCAGCACAACUGUGUUUAAAAGAUCAGCUUUUAUGGCACUGAAGAAUGUAUCUGCUGAGACAUGGAAGUUGCUUGGUGUAUGUAUUAGGUAGAGGAAGAAGGGUUUUAGGCCGGAUGAAAAGUUAACUAUUUAUUCAGAAGUAUCGAUUGGGAAAUUCAGAAGACCCACGCCCUCCCUGCAUGUGUAUUUGGGCGCAGUUAUGAUAUAUAUUCCUUAUUUGGAAUUGUAGACAGAUACACCUUCUGAUCCCAGCCGUUUAUUAUUUUAACAGUGAUAGAUUGUUGUCUUCCUGCGGCUAGUGGAGAAGAGUCAGGUGGAACCCCUCUUCUGCUCUGAUGUUCAUCAGGCAGAGCCAUUUUCUGCUUAGUUCAAGUUUUGGUACUUCAUAUAAGCAUUGCUAGAAGGUACACACAUGUAUUAGUAUCACUUAUUCUGAGGAGUUUGGUACAUUUUUUUAAUAUGUGUAGAAUGUGCAGUAAACUUUUUCUUCCUUUUAGCAAAUUCACUCAUCAUUGUUAGGUCUGAUACUGAGCUGACAGAUCUACUGUGACAAUGAGAUGACAUAUCUACUGUGAGAAUAAAAAUUAUGUUUGAAAACUUUUAUGCACCAGGGUGUUUAUAUAUUGAGGAAACUAUAUAAACACACACAUGCAUGCAAAUGUCACAUCUCUCUACUGUGGAGUUAAUGUGAAUUUUUAAUUUUAAAUGGAAUUGCAACCACAAUCAUUACUAAAAGAACAUUCACUCCUAGGGAGGUUUUACAAAAGCCACUCAAAGAAUGAGGUAGAUGAAAAUGCAAUGGGUUGUCAUUUGGGGUUAUUUUUAUUUAAAAAUUGUGCUACUUUUGAAAAUUGUUUUUAUUACUACUCUCUUUUUGUGAUUGAAAGGUCAUCUAAUAGUAAGUAGUAUAGUAAUAGGAAGCUACUUUUUAAAUUGCUGGCAAACAGCUUUAAGUGCACUUUCUUUGAUUACACUUCCAUUUUUUGUUAAACUUGAAUUUUCUGAAGCCUUUUAUGUACCACUAAGCAAAUAACUUUAACUUUUAAUAAACCUGAUUUACAUGUUUAUUAUAUUUCUAAAGUAACUUCAGUCCUCAAAUCUAGCUGGGAAACUGUUUAUGAGAUAGAAUCAGUUGAUUUUUUUUUCUUUCUACAUCUAAUUAAGCACUAACUGAUUUUACUACUUUAUUGCCUUUACAUUGCUUAUUAUUGACUGAAUUCUGUCCCUCAUUCACUUUGUUUUGUUUGAAAUUUAAAAUUAUUUUCUUACUGUAUUUAUCAUACCUACUGUUUUAAUAAUCUGCUUUCUUUAAAUGCAAUAAAUCCCAAAUGGAUGGCAUAUUCUUUGUAA